AUGCCAGGAUUUGUCAAAGUUGUUCUUUUACCAAAACGUAGAGGAGUAGUUGCAAGGAGUAAUAAGUUUAAAUUGGAAGGUAGAGAAGCACGUAUUCGAGAAUUCUUUUAUGGUAGUCCUAGGAAUGUACUUCAUCCACACACCUACAUAGUAAGGUUUUCCGACAUAAAAGUAUAUAGAAUUUUAGCUCCACCCAUUCCGAAUGCAUUGAUGCCAUUAGAUACACAAAAAACUGAUUUUAAGCCAAAACUUGAAGGUGUUACACCAGGGCUAAAUAUGAUGCAUCACGUGUUAGCUCUGAGUUUUAGUACAACGGUAGAAGAAGACGUUGUGAGGAAUAGUGUUGCUGGUUUUGUCUGUGUAACAAAUGUUGACACCUCACAACAAAUGUUAACUCUGUUGUCCCCUCAACCAAAACCUCUGCCUGAAACAAUUUACCUCAUGUCAGAUGUACAGUUCAUUGACAACAAUGCUUGA